AUGCCUAGAAGUUAUGUCCCCGAAGAAUACGUGGCCAAGAAGGAACGUCAACUUGCCGAAGCCCGUCGCCGUAAGAAGAUGCGAAUGUCAGCUCGGGCGGUGCAGAUCCAAAAGGAAAAUCACGCCUGGGAAAUUAACAGAAUGUUGCGCUCUGGGGUGGUGGAGCGAGUGGCCGCCGAUGAAGAUGACAAUGAUGAGGAGGAUUUGGAUGAAGAGGGGGAGGCUCGUAUUCAUUUACUGGUGAAGAAUAUAAUGCCUCCUUUUCUCGACGGACGCAUUAUCUUCACCAAACACCCAGAACCGGUUAUGCCCGUCAAGGAUCCGGACGGUGUGAUGACAAAAGUGGCUGCCAAGGGUAGCGCAGUGUUGCGUUAUUUCCGUGAACAGCAGGAGCGUCGCCGAGCCCAAAAGAAGGAAUGGGAGUUGGCUGGCACUCGUAUCGGUGACAUCAUGGGCAUCAAAAAGACAGACGAUGCGGAAACUGGCGAUAAGGAAAUUUCCUAUCGUGAUUCUCAAACAUUCGCGGAUAAAUUUGGUAGUGAUAAGGAUCAAGCCGUCUCAAAUUUCGCCAAGAAUAAGACCAUUAAAGAACAAAGGCAAUACCUACCCAUCUUCGGUGUUAGAACUGCCCUAUUGAGGUUGGUUAAAGAGCACCAAAUUGUUGUGAUUGUAGGAGAAACAGGCAGUGGAAAGACAACCCAAUUGACCCAGUAUCUUCAUGAGGAUGGUUAUACAAAAUAUGGAAUGAUUGGGUGUACUCAACCACGUCGUGUCGCUGCAAUGUCAGUUGCUAAGCGUGUAGCUGAUGAAAUGGGAGUUUCUCUAGGAGAUGAAGUAGGUUAUGCGAUUCGUUUCGAGGACUGUACCAAUGAGAAAACAGUGAUUAAAUACAUGACCGACGGUAUUCUUCUUCGUGAAUCACUGCGUGAAUCUGAUCUGGAUCCGUACUCAACAAUUAUCAUGGAUGAAGCCCACGAACGUUCUCUCAAUACUGAUGUUCUUUUCGGUCUCCUUCGGGAAAUUGUCAGUAGAAGAAAUGACUUGAAAUUGAUUAUCACUUCUGCCACCAUGGACUCAGAGAAAUUUGCCCAGUUCUUUGGAGAUUGCCCCAUCUUUCAUAUCCCUGGUCGUACAUUCCCUGUUGAUAUACAAUUCAGCAAAACACCGGUUAUGGACUAUGUGGAUGUGGCGGUAAAGCAAGCAAUUCAGGUUCAUCUUGGUUCACCGGAAGGAGAUAUUCUUGUCUUUAUGACUGGCCAAGAAGAUAUUGAGGUGACUUGUGAGUUAAUUGCUGAACGAUUAGGAAACUUAGAGGAGGCCCCACCAUUGUCUGUAUUGCCCAUCUACUCCCAGUUGCCAAGUGAUUUACAGGCAAAAAUCUUCCAGAAAACAGAGGAUAACACGAGGAAGUGUGUAGUGGCUACUAACAUCGCAGAGACAUCGUUGACUGUGGAUGGUAUUAGAUAUGUCAUUGAUGCUGGCUACUGUAAAUUGAAAGUGUUUAAUCCCAGGAUUGGUAUGGAUGCUCUGCAGCUCUUUCCUAUCAGUCAGGCAAAUGCAAAUCAAAGGGCUGGACGUGCCGGUCGUACUGGUCCUGGUGUUGCCUACCGUCUCUACACAAUUGGUCAGUACGAAGAGGAGAUGCUUGUCUCUUCAGUGCCUGAGAUUCAACGAACAAACUUGGCCAACGUUGUCCUCUUGCUGAAAUCCCUCGGUGUCCGUGACCUCAUGCGUUUCCAUUUCAUGGAUCCACCCCCUCAGGACAAUAUUCUCAACUCUAUGUGUCAACUUUGGGUCUUCGGAGCGCUGGAUAACACUGGAGGUCUGACUCAACUUGGUCGUCAAAUGGUUGAAUUCCCCCUGGAUCCUGCACUCUCGAAACUCCUUCUUGUUGCAUGUGAAAUGGGAUGUUCGGAAGAGGCAUUGACCAUCGUUUCUAUGCUUUCUGUGCCUUCCAUUUUCUAUCGCCCCAAGGGACGUGAGGAGGAUGCUGAUUUAGCCCGAGAGAAAUUCCAGGUACCUGAGUCUGACCAUCUAACCUAUCUCAACGUUUUCAUUCGUUGGCGCAAAGCUGGUUACUCUUCGUCUUUCUGUACUCGCAAUUUCAUUCACGUUAAAGCAAUGCGCAAAGUUCGUGAGGUGCGGCAGCAAUUGAAAGAAAUUAUGGAACAACAUAAAGUGGCUCUCUGUUCAAGUGGUACGGAUUGGGAUGUUGUCAGAAGGGCUCUAUGCUCAGCAUUUUUCCACCAGGCGGCUAGAAUCAAGGGUCUGGCGGAAUACGUAAAUCUACGCACAGGUAUGCCUUGUAGACUGCAUCCUACCAGUUCGCUCUACGGUAUGGCGUACACUCCGGAUUAUAUCAUCUACCAUGAGUUGGUAAUGACCUCGAAGGAGUACAUGCAAUGCGUCACUGCUGUGGAUGGUCGGUGGUUGGCUGAGUAUGGUCAUGUAUUCUACAGUGUCAAAGACCAGAGUUUGAGCAGAGAGGAGAGACAACAGCGUGAAGAUGCCGAACGCGCACAAAUGGAGGCUGAAAUGAAGGCUGCUGAAGUUCAAUUGGCUCGUCGCAAGGAAGAACUUGACCGCUCGAUGAGCUCUACUCGUCUGCAUCCAAUUGCGACUCCGGGGUUCAGAAAGCCAGGAACUCCGGCUGUAUCGAAGCGUCCACGCGGUCGACUGGGGUUAUGA